GGCAGGGGGCAGCGCCCCCGCGUGCCCGCUGCUCUUGGCCGACAAGAGCCCGCUGGGCCUGAAGGGCAAGGAGCCCAUAGUGUACCCCUGGAUGAAGAAGAUCCAUGUCAGCGCCGUCAACCCCAGUUAUAACGGAGGGGAGCCUAAGCGCUCUCGAACCGCCUACACCCGGCAGCAGGUUUUGGAGCUGGAGAAGGAGUUCCACUUCAAUCGCUACCUGACCCGGCGGCGCCGCAUCGAGAUCGCCCACACGCUCUGCUUGUCCGAGCGCCAGGUCAAGAUCUGGUUUCAGAACCGGAGGAUGAAGUGGAAGAAAGACCACAAACUGCCCAACACCAAGAUGCGAUCCUCCAGUUCGGCCUCGGCCUCUGCCGGCCCACCAGGGAAAGCACAAACUGAGAGCCCGCACCUCCAUCCCCACCCCCACCCGAGCACCUCCACACAGGUUCCCUCCUCCAUAUAAUCUUCUAGAGACCUUGACCAGUUUCUAUCCCUUACUUGCUUUUCUCUUCUCUUCUCUUGCUCCUUUCCUCAUCCACCCCUCCCCAUCCGGACCGUAAUAGACACCAAAACAAACCCAAAUUGGUGAAAAGGAUAACCAAAAAGAAGACAUUAUCCGGGUAAGAGUGUGUACUGGUUGCCACCCAAGAGAGGACAGUUGUCCAGGAUGCUGGUUGGUGGAACAACCUGCUGGCCUGAAACAAGGCUGCCAGGUGUGGAUACCUGAGAAGGACUGCUUGGUAUCAAAUACUUUUGAGAUGGCUACAGUCAGCUAGCUGGACAGCCCAUGCUGACUGGGGACGUAUACUUGCAUCUUUGUUGAAAGCAGAAGAAAACAGACUCUUUCCCCACCUUCCUUACCUCCUCCUUCCCCAUUAAGGCAGCUUAUCCAAGCUUGUAUUGAACUGAAUAAAUGAGUAGACACUGUGGACCUCACAAGAUUAUUUAAUUCUUAAGAUGUGUAGACCUUGAUGGUAGGUGUGACAUGUUAGUUUUCCUUACUUGCAUUUAUUUAAGAUACUGUUACAGAGAUACUGUUGUCCCCUUCUGGGACACAGUCUUUGGGGAGAGGGGAGUGCAUUUAGACUUAUGUGGAACUGUACAAAUUGUGAUGUGGCUAUAUAGAAAGCCAUGUGCUAAGAAUAAACUCCAUUUAAAAAACAUUAAAAACCUAAGAUUCA